UGUUUUCGAUGCAAUACGUUUCAAUGUUCGACUAUAAUCUGCAGAUAAUUUAUCGGAAUAAAGCCGGGGUUACACGUGUUUAUACUCGGCCGAGUCACUAAAGCAAAUUGCUAAAUCGAGUGCUAAAUUACGUUUAACAACUGUUUAUUGAUAACUAUUUAUUAUACACGGUCCAGUAAAAUUGACUAGUGCAGUUCAUUCGAACGAGUGGUGUUAUAUGAUGAAAAAUCGGGAUGCUGGUAUAAAAGAACAAACGCCGAAAUCCGAGAAAUUGCCAAGGAGUCCCAAGGUGAUCAACUAUAUAAAAGCUCAACGAUUACAAUGGUUCGGUUACGUUAUGAGAAGAGAUGAAGCAAAGGCUGUAAGAGCAGUCAUAGAAUAUCAUCAAAAUGGGAAAUGACCUAGUAGUAAACCGAGGAAGCGAUGGCUUUACGGGGUGAAGCAAGGCUUAAGAACAAUUGAUGUAGAAGAUUGGAGAGAAACUGUACAGGAUAGGGAUAAAUGGAAGGCUGUGACGGUGGCGGUGAAGACUCUUGGAGAGCCAUAA